CGGCUAAGGGCUGUUCUUAAGCACGAUGCAACACGGAGUGCCUGGACAGAGUCCUUAGCCGUGGUUUAUUGGCCAUAUACCACAAAACCCUGAGAUGCCUUACUGCUAUUAUAAACUGGUUACCAAUGUAAUUUAGAGCAAUAAAAAUGUAUAUUUUGUCAUAGCUGUGUCAUAUCAGUCCGUAUACCAUGGGUAUCAGCCAAUCAGCCGGGCUCGGACUAUUUAUAGGCUACCUUAGACAUUUAGACUCAUGCAUGUGAUUUUAAGGCACAAUGUGCAAUUUUAAACAUUUGUUUUGUCUUAGCCUUCAGGUGUAGGUGGUUAUGGUCAUUGUAUUUUCAUUAUUUUCCAGUCAUCUGUUCAAGCAAGUGAAUACUUGCACACAUCAUAAAUAAGUUAAGGUUACUUUUAGUUGGCUACCCCACUGACCUCCCCUCCUUGAACGCUAGUUUGGCUGCCUCAAUAGGAUGCACUUCAUGGAAUGGAAAAUGACUGGUCCAGGAAUGCGCUUUGUUUCCAAAGCUUUCAAAUGAGACAUGGAAAGAAACAGAAUAAUAGACAAGGAACUUCUCACGUAACACUUCAAGUCAGUCUUUCUAUACAAGUAAGCAUAGGAUACAAAAAACUUGCAUUCAUUCAAAUAAACACUGUCACUUGGCCUAAUCAUAGGUCUGGACUAUGAGCACAUGUUUUAUGAAGGUGUAGGAAGUUUUUGUAGGCUAGUUCAACCAACAAAAAAACACAUUUGGCAUUUUUUGCUAUACCAUGUGAUAGUGAGAAAGUUUGUAGAAUAAAGAACGAGUAUAGAAAAAAUAAAUACCGGUUAGGCAAUAUUUUUUGACUAAUUAUAAAGCCGAUUCAGUUCGCCUGUCUACGGGCUUGCAGACUACUGUGUUGCGAUGCACCUGUUUUGUUGGGGUAUGCUGAUCGACGCAGAGGUGCCGCCCCCAUGCACUUGUCCUUUCAUUCUAAUUGGUCCGACAGGGUGUGUAUGCUAAUUCUCAGCGACCGCUGCACCUGACUCUCCACUCCACGGAAGAAUGCAAGGCAAAAGACAGCCUCCAAGUAACAGCUAUUUAUUCAACAGGUCAUCCUACUCAACGAGCACUCACUUGUUACAUUAUUGCGGCGCAGCAGACUCAUCAAUAACAGAGAUAGCUAUAUGAUAAAGAUGCCAAGGUCUUUUCUGGUGAAGAAACAUCUCACUAAUAAGAAGCCAAACUAUGGAAUUCUGGAUUCAAAAGCAGACGCUCUCCACACCAGCCUGGUCCAGCUUGAGGUACCCUGUUACAUCCCCAGCACUCCUCAGCCCCUGGAGGGUUGGCUGCCAGGGCCAAGUCUCAUCCCCACACCAGUCUCCAUGCACUCUCCCAAGGUAGACAGGCUGCCUUCAAGGAACACCAGCUUGUCCCUGCAUAGCUCAACACAGCAAAUCACCUACCCCCUGUCAGUGUCUCACAACAAUCCGCUAAGAGACUCACAGUCCGGACUUAAGUCCCUGGGAACCAUGGAACCCCAGACCUUCCUGCUCUCACAGGACUUCAGACACCUGGAGGAGAGGGGCAGCAUGCCUAACCCCCUCCUGGGCCUUGUCCACUCUGGUGUUAGUCAGGAGCGCUUUGAAUGCUUUGACUGCCACAAAGCCUACUUCACCUUCUCUGGGCUGGCCAAGCACAGGCAGUUGCACUGUGAGUGGCAGUGUCACAAGUACUUCUGCUGCAAGUACUGUGACAAGGAGUACGUGAGUCUGGGAGCUCUGAAGAUGCACAUCCGAACACACACACUACCCUGCGUCUGCAAACUCUGUGGGAAGGCCUUCUCCAGGCCUUGGCUGCUCCAGGGACACAUUCGCACACAUACAGGUGAGAAGCCAUUCUCCUGCCCGCACUGCAGCCGGGCGUUUGCUGACCGCUCCAACCUCAGAGCACACCUACAGACACACUCUGACACCAAGAAAUACCAGUGCAAGAGUUGCUCCAAAACCUUCUCCAGGAUAUCUCUGCUCUCCAAGCAUGAAGAGGCUGGCUGCUCCCCACUGUCCUGAUGCCGUUUACUGACAGUGCUGCCCACUCUGUACCUGUUGCCUACUUGCCUAGGCUAUGUCUGGUUCUACUAACAUCAGACUUCCCUCACAAAGCACUGGAGAUAGACUGCUAUUAGUGACACGGAGCUCUGACUACUGUAUGUUUUUGUUCUCUGACAUUUCAAGCUCAUGAAAUAAGCACAAUGGACUGUGUCCAAAGACUUUCUUAUGUCAUAUAUUUGACAUAUGAAGUAGUUGCUUGACAUCAAGAAAAAAUGAGAAAAGUUGUUAUCGCAUGCUGCCAAAAAUACUUGAAAUUUAAAAGCCGUGAAGUUUUCGAUUGUGUUAUUGAUGAUUACCUGUGCCUUUUGAAGAAAUGUAUAG